CGAAAAUACUAAUUAGAAGCUGCGGCAGAUGCGCAUUUAAAGCCAAGCCAAACUGCUUACAUAAUACCACAGACAGAAUAAUAUGAAUUUUGCCGGCAAGGUUGUGCUGAUAACUGGUGCCAGUUCCGGCAUUGGUGCCGCAACAGCCGUGAAAUUGGCCAAAUACGGAGCUAGCCUGGCGCUCAAUGGACGCAAUGUGGACAACUUGAAGAAGGUGGCCGAGGAUUGCAAUGCUGUUGAUGCAGCACCCGCCGUCGUUGUGGGCGAUAUUAGCAAGGAAGCGGACACGGAGCGCAUCUGGCAGGAGACACUGCAGAAAUAUGGCAAAUUGGAUGUGCUCGUGAACAAUGCGGGUAUCCUCGAGAGCGGUACCAUUGAGAACACUUCAUUAGAGCAGUAUGACCGUGUGAUGAACACCAAUCUGCGUGCCAUAUAUCACUUGACCAUGCUGGCUACUCCGGAACUGAUCAAAACCAAGGGCAACAUUGUCAAUGUGUCCAGUGUGAAUGGCAUUCGCUCCUUUCCCGGCGUCUUGGCCUACAACAUCUCCAAGAUGGGUGUCGAUCAGUUCACGCGCUGCGUUGCCCUCGAGCUGGCAGCGAAGGGAGUGCGCGCCAAUUGUGUGAAUCCGGGCGUAACAGUGACCAAUCUGCACAAGCGUGGUGGCAUGGAUGAGCUGGCCUAUCAAAAGUUUCUGGAGCACUCAAAGAGCACACAUGCCUUGGGCCGGCCAGGCACCACCGAUGAGGUGGCUAACGCAAUUGCCUUUCUGGCCAGCGACUUGGCCAGCUUUACCACCGGCGUCAGCCUCGCCGUCGACGGCGGACGACAUGCCAUGUGCCCACGUUGAUGUGGAGACUUGACCAAAGAUCAGUUAAUGCAUUUCUUACAAUAAAAUGAAUCACAAAACUUGAA